ACCCCGAGGGGGCAGCGGCGAGAGCGAGACGUCGCCGCCACCACCACCACCCUGCUAACGAACUCCACCCACCUCCCGCCCCGCGCCACCGCCAGAGCGAGACCGCGAGAGGCACCCUCCCGCGCCGACGCCAUGCGCCCGGGCGGCCUCCCUACCCAGCCGCAGCAGCAGCCCGGCACGCCGGGCCGCGCGCGCCGCCGCCCGGAUCUCACCCUCCCCAUGCCCCAGCGCGAGGUCGCCACCUCCCUCGCCGUCCCGCUCCCGCUCCCGCCCCCUUCCUCCUCCGCCCCCGCCGGGGCCCCCGCCGCGGGGGUGGCGGCGCCGGCGCAGCAGCAGCAGCAGCCGCCCCCGCUCGCGGAGCUGGAGCGCGUCCGCCGCGUCGGCAGCGGCGCCGGCGGGACCGUCUGGCUGGUGCGCCACCGCGGGACGGGCCGGCCCUACGCGCUCAAGGUGCUCUACGGGAACCACGACGACGCGGUGCGGCGCCAGAUCGCGCGCGAGAUCGCGAUCCUCCGCGCCGCGGACCACCCCUCCGUGGUGCGCUGCCAUGGCAUGUACGAGCGCGGCGGGGAGCUCCAGAUCCUGCUCGAGUACAUGGACGGCGGCUCCCUCGACGGCCGCCGCAUCGCCGCCGAGCCGUUCCUCGCCGACGUCGCGCGCCAGGUGCUCUCCGGGAUCGCCUACCUCCACCGCCGCCACAUCGUGCACCGCGACAUCAAGCCCUCCAACCUCCUCAUCGACGCCGCGCGCCGCGUCAAGAUCGCCGACUUCGGCGUGGGACGGAUCCUCAACCAGACCAUGGACCCCUGCAACUCCUCCGUCGGCACCAUCGCCUACAUGAGCCCCGAGCGGAUCAACACCGACCUCAACGACGGCAACUACGACGGGUACGCCGGCGACAUCUGGAGCUUCGGACUCAGCAUUCUCGAGUUCUACCUCGGCAGGUUCCCCUUCGGGGAGAACCUCGGCAAGCAGGGGGACUGGGCCGCGCUCAUGGUCGCCAUCUGCUACUCCGAUCCGCCGGAGCCGCCGCCCACCGCCUCGCCCGAGUUCAGGGGAUUCAUCAGCUGCUGCCUGCAGAAGAACCCGGCCAGGAGGCUCACGGCCGCACAGCUGCUGCAGCACCCGUUUGUCGCCGGGCCACAGCCUCAGCCCCUUGCCGCUCCUCCCCCGUCAUGACCACCAUUUCGGAUUGGAACUGCUAUGGAUCUCAAUUCGGCCUUGGCUGCAGGCUGUGGCGACUCCGAUCCGUCAUCAUGUCAGUUGUAUCCUUGGUUGGACAGAACCGAGGUGUGAAGGUAAUUCACUCUGCA